AUGAGCCUGGCAAAAAAGUACACUCAACAGACCAGGAAUCAAAACGGUGGCAUCGGCUUUGGAAUGGUUCAACUCGGGCCGCAUUUUGAUAAGAGGCUUGUCCAGAUUUUUGCCCCCGAGCGCCCACUAGUUUUGGCGAUGGCUACCGGCGACUAUAUGCUGCUGUUUUUCUUCUUUGUUGUGGCAGUUGCUGCUCAAGAGAAUAUUCCGGUUGAUGGUGACAAGACUCUUCAAUUUGUGCAAGUGAUCUGGCGCCACGGGGAUCGCUCACCAACGACGACAUGCGGCACCGACCAAUUCCAAGAGGAAACAUGGACCUUUGGAGGCGGAGGAUGGGGUCAACUGUCGCCGAUCGGCAUGCAGCAGCACGUAUCCCUGGGGAACAAACUGCGCCAGCGCUACAUCGACACCAAAUUCCUGGCCGAAAACUACCGAGCUGACGAGGUCUACUUCCGGUCCACCGACGUGAACCGUACUUUACUGUCGGCGGUGUCAAAUACGAUAGGAAUGUACGGCCAGGGCAGCGCCGUCAAAGGCGUCUGGGGCAACAUCCCGGAUUUCGGGCCCGACGUCAACUACACGUGGCCCGCCUUUUUCAUCCCGAUCCCCAUCCACACGACGUACAAUCCGACGGACUAUUACGGGAACCCGGACGCCGAUUGCCCGCGCCAAACCGCUUUGUGGCAAACCGCACAAACGACGCCCGAAAUUUCGAAGCUGCUCAAUGAUGACAAUACGAAAAAGGUCUUCUCCAUACUUGCCGAGAAGUGCGGCAAGCAGUACAAGCUUGAGGAUCUCUGGGAGGUCAUCGACGCGUUUUUCAUUGAGCGCGUUUACAAUCUCAGCAACCCGGCAUGGAUGGAUGACGACCUUUUCAACAACGUUUUUAAUCUCAACAACAUCGCCCAGGACUUUGUCAACGGGAUCGGUGUAUCUGCGCUUAAUGGAGUUGAUAUUUCGACGGAGACGCGCCGCAUCCGCUCGGGCGCUAUGUUCAACCUCUUUAACGAUCAAAUCAAGCAAAAACGAGAUUGUGUCACAUCCAACGGGACCAAGUGCAGCCAUUGGUUGAAAAAUCUCAAGUAUUUUGUGUAUUCGGCACACGACACGACGGUGUAUGCCUACCUGACCGCGCUCAACUCUGAGAAGCUGGUGAUCAAGGACGGUGGAUAUCCGCAUUAUUCAGCCGCGGUGCUCACCGAGUAUUGGCGCGAUACGGCGGGGAAGGACUAUGUCAAGUUCGUCUACCACAACGGCUACCAGGACGGCUUCACCGUGUUCACCGACCAGGUGCCGAUCUGCAACGGCUCGCACAUCUACUGCCCGCUGGAGAACUACAGCCAGCACGCGGCGGAUCUCUCGUUUGCAAAGUGGGGCAGCCCGGAAAAGAUGUGUGCCGAUGUAAGCUUUGCGUCAUCUGCGAGCAGUACACCUAAAGUUGAAGCCACCACGACGAAGGCGGCUCAAACAGCACUCGGCAUUGUCGGGUUGGUUUUGACGCUCAUCUCGAUGGUGCGGCUCCUG